AUGGGAGUCGAUCACCUCCUUUGGGCCACGACGGUGGCUGCCGGAAACUGCAGGUGCUCCGUCCCGGUGCUGGUGUCUUGCGACUGGGACGGCCUGGUUGAGGACGAUAGCUCUGGCGGCGUUGUUGUGCAAAGCGGUGCCAGCUGUAAAGGAUACUCCACGCCUGGCAGCAAGGGCGUUGCGUGCUCUGUCAGGUUUCAGACAGCGUGGACGGAGAAGCCUUCCCGCGAGUGCCUAUUCCUAGACGGACUCACGGACCUGUUCCUGUCCAAGAUCCGGGACGCGCACUGCCUGCCAGGCCGUGCCUUUGCCCCUAUAGUCUCGACCACCGUCCAGCAGUCGUGGGAGUGGACCAAGCCCGAGGAAGAAGCGGCGCAGUUGCCUGCCCCCGCUCUCCCCUGGGAGGGGGGAGGGGACACCGGCGGAGGCGGCGGAGGGGAAAGCGUGGCGGCGAUGGCGGUGGUGGAAGAGAGGGACGGGCGACGGGGGGGCACAAGUUUGGGCGAGCCUACGGUGGGGGGAGAUCCGCAGGGACCGACGACACCGGCAGCAGCGGCGGCAGCAGCGGGGGAUAGAGGCGGUGUUGGGAGUAGGGAAGAUGCCGUCAGGCAGCUCCUUCGUGCGAUCGGAGGCGGAAGGGAACAGGAAAUCGGGACACCCGUGUGGGGACCGGACGAGGACCCGCUCGUAUCAAUCUUCGUGCGAGUGAGAUGGACAGAUCUGAGGGAGGGCCUAGUAGAAGAGAGCCAGCACUACACCACGCUGGAGCCUUUGCCGGAGGAGGCACGAGCAGGGGCGGGAGGAGCCGAUGGCGGUUACAGCGGCGCCGGCGUGGGGGGGCAUUGGUUCGUUAGCCCAAGGGGCCGUCUUGGGGACGCCUGCAGCCGCUUGCUGGCGGCCUUGGUGCUAACGACCGCCAUGCACCCGGGCACACUGAUGGCCGAUCUUGGGGCCGGUUCACUCGAAGACGGCCGGACGGCCUUGGCACAAGACUACGGGAAGGCGGCUUCCGCCAAGCUCAGCGACGAGACAAGGAAGGCGGUGGAGGAGAUGUGCCGCCGAUCGCAAUCGCCAUCCAUCAACCACGACGACAUCGACCUGAUUCUUCGCUACUUGCUGCACUCGCAAGGAGAGGAGAGGGCGGUCGUGCCUGCCGCAAACCAGGGCAGCGGCGGCGGCCCCGAUGCUGACGGAGACAACAAAGCACGUCGGGUGCAGCCGCCGCUACCAUCGUCGCGAUGGAGACAGGUGCACCUGGGGGCACGGCAACAGGACCCGAGACAAUCGACAGAGAAGUGGAAGCAGGUCUACCCGAGGGCGAGGGGGGUCACCGACGAUUCGUCAAAACGACGGUUACAACCUGGAGGCGGCGCAGCCGAACCGGCUUCUGUCCCGAAUGACCCGUCCCAUGGGGAUGUUAAUCGAACGAUGGAAGCGUCGUGGGCGGAGCUGUCGGCAAGUGGAAGCGGCCGCGCGUCGUCAUACGAGACGAUGACGGGCGGGAGAGGAGGGAGGAGGAGCCUGUGGGCGUGGGCGGAACGCGGCGGGGCGCCGAUAGGGCGCCUACUGUCGCUGCUUUCGCUCAGGGUCGCCAGCUGUGACGAUCUUGGGUCGAUGUCGCUGCUCUGGAUGUCGUUCGUGCGGGACGUGCGACUCUUGUGGGAAGACGGGGCCACCAUCGCGAGAAUGAGCCCGAUAGCCGCGGUGGACGGCACGAGCAUGUUCGACCGGGGCGCCAGCUGUACGGGGCAGGACCGGAGCGUCGCGUCUCAGCUUCGAGGCAGCAGUCAAGCGGACGGCGGCAGCGUCGACGUCAGCGAUGAUGGUAGCGGCGGCGACGGUUCACUGCCGCCGUGGAGCGAUCGCUCGCUCGUUCCGUACCCGGAUACCCGAACGUGCCUGAUCUGGCAGAAGCUGCAGAUGUUGAACUGCUGUCGAGCGGAGGGGGGGGCGCAGAUGGGUCUGCAGCUAUCAUCACCACCACCCUCGCAAGAUGUCGGUGAUGGUACAGCCGACCAAGGCGAGGGGGAGAAGGGGCCAGGGGACGACGAAGACGAAGAAGCCUUCUUCGACACCCGCGAGUACUAUCAGACGUCGGAGGACGAGGGAAGUAGCGGUGGCACAGGUGGUGGUCUCCAAGAUGACCGGUGUAGCGCUGGUGAUGUUGACCGCGGCGGAGAGCGCAGUGCCGAGGAUGAUGAUGUUCUAGCUUCCGCAGACAGAGGUACUGGCGAGGUUGGUACAGGCGGCGGUGUCCGAGAUGAGCAUGGUGGAGACCGUGAUGCUGACGACAGUGCGGGGGGUGUUCGCGCGGAGCCCGGUGCUGGUGAGGAUUAUGAGGGUGUUAUUUCUGCUGCUACAAGUGGUGACAGCAAUUCCGCCGCCGAGAGCGACGCGGUCGGAGAUCGUGCUGGCGACCUGAGCGGGUGCAACGAGGGGUUGCCUAAGGAUGCCUCCGAGAACCGCCCUCAGCAACAACAACGGGGCGAGGGCUCAUCCGCCCAGGUACUUGACGACGAAACUGCCGAGAUCACACCAGCGUCUACUGCUGCUGCUACUGCUGUGGACUUGUCGAAACUCGGGGCGGGGCGGGAAGAGCUCGGUGUAACAGGGCGUGCUGUCACGGUCGUGGAAGGCGGCGAUGACCGCCGCAGCAGCAGCAGUACAGGUGGAAUCGAUGGCGAAGAAACUGUUUCUCCAGGCGACACCACAACAGAAACAGCAGCGUCGCCAAUCGCACCACCGUUGUCAGCAGGAACAGAGGAGGUUGCAGUGGUACCUUCAUUGGCAUCACGAUUAGGAGAAGGGGAACCGGCAUCACCUACAUCGUCAUCACCGGUACCAUCGCUGGGCGACGAUGCCAACGAAGCUUUGCCGUGCGCCGUGGCGACCGAAACGACCAUGAUAGGACCAGAGGAGGAGGACGUCGCUACGAUCGUUGCAGCAACGUCUGACGAGGCGAUGUCUGUAGAUGAGGGAGGAGAUAACCCAACGACUCAAAAUAUGCCAGAGGCAGAACGGGAGGAGGGGGAGAAAGAAGUCGGGGGGAAGGACGAGGAGGAGCUGCAACAGGGAGCAGACUCGCCGUCCAAAGAGGAGGAGCAGCUGCAGCAGAGGAUAGACUCGCCGUCUGAAGAGGAGCCGUCGAGUCCUCCUUCCUCUCCCCCGCCGAUGGAGACGGGCGCGCGUACGGAUGAGGUUCCGCGCAAUGGUAGCGCUGACGAUGGCAGCGACGGUCUCGCUUGCAAGGACACACCGCCGCCGUCGUCCUCCCCUGCAAACCCGGAAGAAGAAACGCCUGACACGACAAAAUCUUCCUUGGCCGCUGCUGGUGAAGUGAUCUCCGACGAUAGGUCAACUUGUCCUUCUCCAAAGGCUUCAACUAUGGCUGCGGGAGAGGCGAUCUCGGAGAUCUCAACCUGUACUUCUCCGAAGGAAUCAUCGAUGGCUGCGGAACAAUUGACCUCGGACAAUUCAACCUGCACUUCUCCAAAGGCUUCAUCGGCGGCUGCGGGAGAAGUAACAAUCUCGGAGGCCUUGCCGGAGAAGCGAACGGCCAUCAUCGCGAUGGAAAACAGCCCCGACGCAUCGGACAAGGCGUUCGGUUGCCCAGAGGCCGCGCCCACUGCUGCUACGGGGAGCGCUGCUGCAGUCGGUGAGGAACCGCUCGUGCCGCCGAUGCGCCGCCUGUUGUGUUCGGGGGCGGCGGUCCGCCCCCCACGGCUGCAGGAGUGCGGUCCCGUAACCGAGGACAUGCUCAGGCAGCAGACGCUGGGACAGGCCGCCGCUUACCGCGGCCGGGAGGUUCUCCUGGCGGACAUGACGGCGUUUAGAUCGGAGAACGGUGGCGGCGACGGCGAUGCCGCGGUGUUUGCAGACUUUGUGCGGUGGUAUCGUCCCGAAUGUUGGCAGGAAGCAACUGCUGAUGGGGAGUGGGUCAGUGCGUCGGAGGGGCGAUUGGGCGGGAGGGCCGAAGACGACAAGCGGUUGGCAUGGCCGGGACAAGGCCAGGUGGUUUGGAGAUCCGCUGUAACCGGGCGCCAGGUACACGGGCAAAACCGGGACGAAGCCCCUGAAGCAGCUGCUGCUGACGAGCUCUCUCCCGGCGACCACUUGGGUCUACCGCCAGCACUCCCGUCCCCGUUCACGCUCGCGGGCUGGCUCUCGUGCUGGGGGCAAGCGGGCGCCGCGGUACGGGCCGAGGAGGAAGAGGAAGAGGGAGAGGAGCGGGCGCUGCCUCCCCCUCCCCUAUUCAGCGGCGUUACGGAGGGAGAGAAGGCGCUCCACUUCCUCGAGACGAUAUCCCCGGGCCCCCUGCUCGUGCAGCUGCUUUCUGCCCUCCUGGGUCUGUCGGUUUUCGUCCUGGAGGAGGCGUGUUUGGGGGCCGACAGCCUGCCGAGCGUGGAGGCGUCCGUUGACACCGCGAGAACGGCACUGCUUGCCGCGGAUGGCGCUUGCGUCGCUGUCAAGAGGGCCGAGACUGCUCUUUCGAGGGCAGUGUCGCUCCAAAGAUCACUACCGGGGAAGAAGGAUCUCGUGAACGAUAUGGUUGCCGCGUGCGGCGACGAGGAGGAGAAAGGAGGGGGAGAGGUGCCCGUGUCGGCCAGGCCUCACAAGGAGUUCCUCAGGGACUUGCUUCUCGCCCAAGGCAUCCAGAAGACCCCCGGUUCUGAGCUGGACGAACUCUUGGCAAGCUACGACGAGGAGCACAGACGAGAGGAGUUGAGGGAUGAGGGCGGUGCCGUCGGUGGCGGCGGUGUCAUGCCUCCUCCCGAAACGAAGGAGUAUGUAUUGAGGUGUCAGACGCCGGCCCCUUUCUACAGCCGCAACGUUGGUCGCGGCCAGAUGGAGGCAUACCCAACUCCUCCCAGCAGGAUGUACGCCAAGACGGACGGGAGCAACCUCAGGGUCGCCCUCUCCCUCUGCGAAUCAGAUAUUUAGGGUUACGGUUGGUUCGGGCUAUUUGUUUCUUAAUCCUAGACUUGCGGUCGACUGGAUUGGGGGAUGCUCCGGGGGGGUCGAAAAAUAGGUUCGCAGGGAGCGGGUGUACCAACUGGUCGGAUUUUUCCAGAGCCGGAGACCUCUUGUUGCUUCGAACCCCUGGCUCGUGUCCCACAACCAAGCACAAGAUAUGUAUGGCCUCACCGACUACUUCCAGAAAUGCUUGCGGCUCUUUGGUGUGGACCUUUGCUUGCGCGAGACUCGGUGCCUUGUGCAACCCCGGGGCCUUGCUCUAAGGCUGCGAAACUGUAAAUGCAUGGUAUGCUUAUUGGUCGGUACACGACUCACCGUAUACUGCAGUAGCGCCGUGUGGCAUAUAUGCUGGAACGCGUUGUUGUGAGAAAUGGACCGUGCGCCGCCUUGUUUAACGUCUUGUUUACGACUCGUGACUGCUGUUGGACGUUGGCUGUCAACCUUGCUCGUUCUGUGCGCCAUCGAUCGUGACCCCAAUUUUGAAGUUUUG